AUGUCUCCUAUCCGCGUUGGCCUGAUCGGCCUUUCUGGUGCUACGGACUACGAGGGCACUGCCUGGGCCGCAAAUGCUCAUCUCCCAUUUCUGCAACGAUCAGAGCAUUUCACUAUCGCGGCGUUGCUCAACUCUUCCGUUCAGUCAGCGCAAGCUGCUAUUGAGAAGUAUAAUCUCCCAAAGGAUACCAAGGCGUACGGCAAUCCACAAGACCUCGCCAAUGACCCCGACAUUGACCUGGUGGUCUCUGUUGUCCGAGUCGACCGACAUUUCCAGACUGUGCGUCCCAGUCUAGAGGCAGGCAAAACCGUCUUUGUCGAGUGGCCCCUCGACCGCAACCUAGAGGUCGCAAGAGAAAUGGCAGCUUUGGCAUCCGCUCACAAUGCAAAGACUAUUGUGGGGGUGCAAGCUUCCUACUCACCAGUUGUCCGCAAGUUGCGUCAGUUGGUGCACGAAGGAGCCAUUGGCCGGAUUCUGUCCAGCACCUUUCUAGGCUCGUGUGGGAACGAUGUGGCCUCCGAAAGUAAGAAUGUCCGAUACUUUCUCGACAGAACAGUGGGAGGAAACCUGAUGAGUAUUCCUGUCGGACACAACCUAGAAGCUGUGGUCUCCGUCCUAGGGGAAUUCAAGAGCGUCACCAGCAGCUGUGCCAUUAGUCGUCCGGAGCUGGACAUUGUCGAUUACGCGGACGGCGGCAAGGUGGUUGAGAAAUCAGUGCGCAACACAGUUCCCGAUCAGAUUCUGAUUCACGGCAUGGCAGAGGAGUCAAAUGCAUUCGUCACCAUCAACCUGUACGCAGGGAAGGAAAUGCCAGGUCUGCCGCGCCUCGACUGGAGGAUUCAGGGGGAGAAAGGCUGGCUGCGAGUGACUUCGCCUAUGGGGUUCCUCAAUGUCGGUACGCCAGAGACCAAGUUGCAGCUUUAUCGGACUGAGUCUGGGCAAGUCGAAGAGGUCAAAGUGGACGAAGACGAAUGGGACUCUCUGCCGAUACCUGCUCAAAAUAUCGCGCGACUGUAUGAGGCGUAUCGUAAAGGGGAGUGGUAUCCUACGUUUGACUGGGCUGUGAGGAGACAUGAGUUGAUUGAUGGGAUGUGGAAGCGAUUUGACAAGGGAAUUCAGUUGGGUUGA